ACUCAUGAUCUUCUUCUACUGCACUCUAUUUCAGCUGAACUAAUUUCAUUCAAGUUUCAACUCUAAAAUUUCAUUUGCACUUGGACUACCAGGUUUGAUUUUCACAUUCUGUUUUCUCUUUUGAAUUUCACGGUAAUAUUUUUUUCGACUAGGAAUUUCACUGUAAUAUUCAGUAGUUGUGAUAAUUCAUGAUCCUACUGCUUGAUAUUACGAUAUAUUUGGAAUUUUUUUUCUCGAAUCUGUACUCCUUUUGCCCAUUGCCAGCUAAUUUUUGUGGUUAUUAAUUCAACUAAUUUCUUAGUUAGCUGCUGUUUCAUAAAAAUUUCUUUCAUUCAAUGAAAUUUUAACUGACAAAAAGUAAAAAAUAAUGACUAGCUGAUAUGAUGCACACAAGAAAUAAUACAGAAAUUGAUCAGUUCAGUCCCAGCGGAUAUCCGAAACAAUUGUAACGAUAUAGUGAAUUAGCAAAAUCAUUGUGUCAGGAUGAUGCCAAUAAAUCAAGAAAUUGAUCAGUUCAAAUUUUAAAAGUUCUAGAUCAACAAUUUAAACCGAUUAAAUUGAUUAGGUGACAGUAGGAAUUCUCAUUGCUGAUAAAAUAGAUGAUAAAUACAUUGCAAAUUAGUAUGUAACAUGUUGUGCAGUUCAAAGGGCUGUGGCAUUUGUACCUCAUUGACUGUAGGGAAUAAUUGGGGCUCAUUUCAUGUCGGGAUUGUUUGACUGAACUUGUAGGAUUAUUAGUUUGAGCUAGGCUCAUUAUCUGCCUAAGAUUUGCCAAUAUAUCAAACUAUGUAUGACGCAAAUUCAAACUAUGUUUUUAUAGUCCUUGCAUGUUUAAGCAGGAAAGCAACUAAUAUCAUUGCGGGUAACAGAGCCAUACUUGCUUUUUCUUGAUUACAAUCCAAUAUGGCUGAUGAGUAUGAGGACAGUACUACUGUCAGCUUGAAAGCCUUGCUGCACAAGGGAAGCAACGAAGUUAUUUUCAUAGAGUGUGGUAAUGAUUUUCUUGAUGUUCUCUUCAGUUUCUUGACUUUCCCAAUGGGAACAAUCAUCAAGCUUGGCUGUAAUCACUCAGUAGAAUCAGUACCAGUGCAAAUAGGGUGCAUGAAAAAUUUGUAUGCAAGUGUUGAGAAUAUUGAUGUUCAGCAGUUUCACAAUGAGGUGUGUAGAGACAAAUUGUUAAGUCCUCAUAAUGCGGCUGAAUCUCAUUGCAAGGACCUCAAAUUGAAAAUUGACAUUGGUGAGUCCACACAGUACUUUCUGUGCCCAGAUUGGAAUUGCUUAGGUGUCUCCAAGGAUGAAUUACAAUUGAGUCGAUUCAGAGGUAAUUUAUUAAGUAUGUAUAAAGGCACUCGUUGUGAUAACUGUGGAAAAAGCAUGGAUAGGGAGUAUCACCUUUCCUAUUCAUCCUCCCCUGCUGAUCAAGAAAAGGGCAUCUUUGUAAAGGGAUUAGCAUAGUUACUGAUGAUUUACAAGUGUUGCCCCCAUUAAGCGGUACAAGCUUUUCUUUCUUUACCAAGCUUGGAGUCACGGAUGGAGACAUUACUGAAGAGAUAUUUAAUAUAGGUGUUAGUGAGGUUUUGAAUUUGCUUAUCUGCUCAUUUGUGUCAAAGACACCAUUGACUGAAACUCUACUUAAGCAUAAACCAGAACCUAAUUUUAGCACUGAAAUAGUUGAUCAAGGAUGUGUAUUGAACCUCAAAUGGCAGGGGAGGCAGUGAUUGAGGAAGAAGAAGAGAUUUCAGUGAAGCCUAUGGUUAGUACGCCAAGGAAGGCAUGGGAAUAUUUUGCUAAUUUACCCUUCAGUUUCCUGACUCCUCCACGUGGAUUUACACCAAAACAGAUGCAAGGCUCUUCUUCAAAAGAACCCACUGUGGAAGAAGAAAAGAUUUCUGUGAAGCUUAUGGUCCGCAAAUCAAGGAAGAUGGUUUGUUUUGCAGAAGCAGGGGAAGAUUUUGUCAAUUUACUCUUCAGUUUCCUGACUAUUCCACUCGGAUUCAUAUUAAAACAGAUGAAGUAUUCUUCUUGGAAAGGAUGUAUUGAUCAGUUGUACAAGAGUGUCCAAGAUCUUGAUGAUGAGCAAUACUUGAAGUCAAAUGACCACAAGAAUAUUCUACUGAGUCCCAAAAUUUUUCCUAGUUUUUCCUACAAGAACCAUAUUUUGGGAAUUCAGGAGGGCAAGGCCUCAUAUUACUAUGCUUAUUGUCGUCCUAACGGUGCAGAGGAUAUGUUGAUUACUGAUAAAACCCUCAUCCCUUCUCAGGUGAUGUAUACAUUCCAUCUCAAAUUGGUGAAUAAUAUAAGUUCUCAAGGAUUUUUGAAAGGACCGACCAUGUUCAUCGUAACUGACAAGCUGGUUGUAAGGCCUAUAUCUCCCAUCUUUGGCUUUUCCAUUUUGAAUGAAUUGAAGGUACCUUUGGAUGACAUAAAGGAGGAAAUAGUACAAGUUGGCAAGGGGGAGGUUUGCGUCUACUGGUGGCAUCUAUUGCUGGCGAUUCUGCCUUAACUGAUGUUUUCAUAAGGCAGCCCAAGAAAGAACAGUAAAGAGAUUUUCGUUAUCUGAUUAAACAAGGAUGAUGCCUAGGUUUCUACAAACCGGAAUCUCCGAAAUGAAUAUGUAGUGUGCUUUGCAUUUUCUUAUGUUCUUUGAGCUAUGGCCUCCAUUGAAGGUUGCUUUUGGUUACUUGUAGCCUAAGCUUAGGGCUUCACUUAGGCUAUUGUGGAGGGGGAACAGGUUUGUCAAUAUGCUAAAUUUGUAAUGCACGCUUUCUAUAGCUUAGCUAGGUUACAUCUACAUAAACACAUUAUAAAGCAUCAA